AUGAAAACGGCAUGUUCCGGUAUGAUACAAAUUGAACUUGCGAAACAUGCAGCACUACCUACAAUCAAGCAAGGCGCUCAUCCGAUCGAGUUGGAGUUUCCAAUCGAAGAUGUCGAUUUACGCAAAGAUCUCCAUUACGCAGUGAAUGUUGCACUACCACCAUCACUGAGGGACACAGAAGAGAAUACGAAAGAAAAUAAGAGUAAAUUCUAUAGACUGAAAUUGCUGCCUGAACAAUAUCGCUACACCGAGUACUAUUACCCAGAAAAUGAACCAUAUCGGGUCUUCUUUCACAACGUUUGCAAUAGAUGGUUCGUUUAUAAAACAUAUCAACGUGUUGACGAGUUGUUCCUAACUGAUAACUUCAACGCAAAAUCCUAUUAUAUGGGCAUGAUCCCGGAUACGUUGAUGCAACGAGGUGACUUUCGUGAGAUCAACGAUUUCCUGUCAGUUGCAUGUGUUCUUCACGGCGAGAAUGAGCGCAAAAAAGAGCUGCAGUUCAGAACAGGUCGUGGAUUUCGAUUGAGUGCUCGGACGAUGAAAGGACGCAAACUGCCAGCAACCUAUCUCGCAUCACAUGCAAGAGAGGGGCGCACAGGGCCCACAAUGCUGAAACUAGUUGUGUAUCGACACGCCGUCGACAUAGCCAAUUACCAAGAGGGAAGAUUGAAGAAGAUUAAUGAAGAAUCAAAAAACGUUGACAUAUAUGCACAUUUGACGAAAUUUGCUGGCGAUCAUGCCGCCUGGUUGAAAGUUAGGAGAGGGAUGCUCGAUUAUGAAGCUCUCCAGCACCGUAUUCGAAAAACUGUUCCUUUCAAGCGAAGUGCUGCAACAAGGCUUGUGAUAUUACCCGGCUUAACAGUAGCAGACUUAUGCAAUGAAUUGAUCGAUUUUCCCGCAUGGACCGGUUACCAUUACUAUUAUAUGCGAGUAUGCAAUAAGAAAGGUGUUAACAUUGUUUAUGAUGAUAUCAAUUAUGCAGUGUUGAAUACGGUUGGAAUGAUUCUGCCGACUCAACCGUUUCAGAAAGAAAACAACAAACUUCGUCAUUUACGAGUGAAAUUGUCGCGAUAUUCGUAUAGUCCUCAAGCCGUGGCAGUAUUUGAUUCACAAAAAGUGUUCAGUGGUGGAAAAUUGAUACUUGACAACUAUCCGCUAAAGAAUCGACCGCCGAGUGUUGCAUCUGAAUCUGGUGUAUCAACCAUUACGAAAAUGUCAACUGCAACUACGGUUAGCUGUCGUGGCUCAUUCGUUCGUCGAAACUUAUGCGAAAACGACAUCAAACACUUCAAACGUGGCAACGCCGCGCCACUUUCGAUCUCAUUUAACGAGGAAAUGGCAUUCGAGGGCAUCGAUUGCUCUUACGAUAGAAACGAUAUGGACACGGUAGCGACAACGCUGAAUCUGAACAGCCGAAUGGACCCACGGGUGGUGUGCGCAUGCGAAUUUCAGUCACCAUCGAGAAUGCUUGAGGAAAUUGGUGACCUGAAAUGGUUGCAUGAUGCCGAAAAGAGAAUCGAUGAGAUUGUUACGAAACCAAAUCCAACUGCAGACGAUAGAAAAGAUCUUCAGGUGCUGCUCUACGCUAAACAACGCUAUGAACAACCUUUGUCUAUAUACGAUCAAAGUACACUACAAUCAAUUGAUGUGGCACAAGAAAAACCACAAACGGUGACUGAUCGCCAUUCGUGGGUGCUGGAUUCGGAUUAUUCAAACAUUACUCUAGUGAGCCGUGCUGAUAAGCUAUGCAAAACACGUGUAGCUGAUUUCUUUCAUCGAUUUCAUUUGACUGACCGACAAGCAAACUUUUUGGCUAUCGGAACAUUUUUGUUAUUCUUGUUCUUGUUUAUUCUAUUCUGUACAAUAGUCAUGCUGAAACCACAGUCUGUGGAGGAUGCUGAUAUUGGUUACUGUCCAGCGAGUGUUUUCGGCUUCGAUACUGAUGACCCAAAACAAGUUGCAACAAUGCGUGAAUCGUACGAUAUCAAAAUGGCUACUCACUUCGUCAGUCCAAGGACCCGAAGCGGAUACUUCUUCUGGCCAUCUGGUGACCUACGAUCUCAAGGUUCUUGGAUCUCUCGUAUUCUUGUAUUCUCGGAUCUCGGACCUCUCAUAGGAUUUUGA